GUCCAAGCUUCAUAAUUGGCGGAAACUUUCUUUCUCCAGAUUCUCCAGAUUCUAUGCAAAAUCGCACUAACUUCGAUUGACAGGUACAGAGAAAUUAAGCUCCCAUUGGGAAGUCGACGCUAAAACGAGAUCAGGGACAAUAUGUCCGUACGUAGCACGUAACUGAUGGAACCUACUACCUAGUACUGGGCGGGGUAGGUACCCCGGAUAUGAAGCUGGAGCUGGAGCUGGGGAAACACCACAACUGAGUCCCAGUUUCCGUGGAGUCCCCUUCGAAAAAAAUAUAACUACAUGGUAUGGGCGCACUUUCGUCCGAACAAUAUAAAUUCGGUGGUUCCCCUCUUCAACCAUAUAUCAGAGCAGUCGACUACCAUCUAUAAUUCUGUUCAAGGGGCAUUGAGGCAUCAUGUUUGGUUAUGUCCAUCUUGCGCUCACAACUUGCUUUGCUAUUUCGCAGGCUCUUCCAGGUUACCCCGUCUCGCAUGUACCCUCGCACACCUGCUCUGGCCCAUGGGCCAGGGUCUCCCCCGAAGCAGGCGCGGUUAUAGUGGACAACAGCGUUCAUCCACACCUAGGAUCUUUCUCUACUAUUCAGGAGGGCGUGAAUGCUCUCAAUCACACUACUACUCGACCGCAAAAUCUGUUUAUCUUCCCUGGGACAUAUGUGGAACAAGUCUACAUUCCUCGUCUCAAGUCUAACCUUACUGUUCAAGGCUAUACCUGCAACUCUAAGGGGUAUGAGCAUAACACUGCUACUAUCACAUACAAUCUUGCGCUGAUCAACACUACGAAUGAUGACCUUACGGCGACUCUUCGUCAAUGGAAUCCAAACACCAAAGUAUACAACUUGAACGUUGUCAACACUUUUGGUCAUAUUCCAAAGAAUGGCCAGAACCUGGCCGUCUCUGCAGAGACCACAGGCCAGGGCUACUAUGGCUGUCAGCUGAUUGGAUAUCAGGACACUCUUCUUGCGGAGACAGGUUCCCAGCUCUAUGCCAAAAGUCUUAUCGUCGGUGCUGUAGACUUCAUUUUCGGACAAACUGCACUUGCAUGGUUCGAGAACAUUGACAUCCGCACGAUCGCAACUGGUUCCAUCACUGCCUCAGGCCGCAGCAGUGCCACCAACCCUUCAUGGUACAUUAUCAGUCGCUCUAACAUUACUGGAAUUAACGACACCAUCCCCGCAGGAACCAACUCUCUUGGUCGACCUUGGGGAUCCUUCGCCCGAGUAGUCUUCCAAGGGAGUUACUUGGGAAACAUUAUUGACCCCGCUGGUUGGAAACAAUGGUCUACAAGUACGCCCAAUAUUGGCAAUGUCACAUUUGGAGAGUAUGGGAACUAUGGUCCUGGAUCUGUGCGGGAAGAAGGACCCAGAGCGACUUUCAGCGAGCAGCUGAAUGCAUCCAUCCCGAUUCGGUCUAUUCUCGGUGAGAACUUCCAGGACGAGUGGUGGGUUGAUACCACUUAUCUUGACCCAAGUGAUCUCCAUGAUGAAGGAUGUACGCCUGAAGAUCACAAGGCUCCCGGAAACACUAAGAACACUAAGAGCUGUACGGCGACCACGACUGCCUCGACUACAUCUACUCAUACGUCUAUUCCAACCACCACUCUCAUUGCUCCGUCUUCUGCGUCUGCUGCCUCUACAAGCGAGACUUUGAUUACUAGCUCAGCUAACACCCUCACUACAUCCGCUUCAUCAGGCACACCAUGCGUAUGUACGGACUACUCUCAGAUCUCUGCCGCCGUUGCAUCUUGUACCAAUAUUGUCUUGUCCAAUAUUGCCGCUCCAAAUGGCUCCGCAAUCAACCUCUCUGGGCUCAAAACAGGAACAACAGUGACAUUCGAUGGACUAACCACCUUUGGCUUCACCAAUUCUUCCACCUUCAACCCUAUCACCAUUGGCGGCCAGAGCAUCAGUAUCACCGCCAACCCUGGCGCAAUCAUUGACGGCAACGGCCAGGCUUACUGGGACGGCCUUGGUUCAAACGGAGGAGUCCCGAAACCAGAUCACUUCAUCGUCGUCAACAAAGUGACCGGAAAGUCCGUGAUUAAAAAUCUGCAUAUCCAGAACUGGCCCGUCCAUCUAUUUACCAUUUCUGGCAGCUCCGAUGUCGUUUUCCAGGACUUGGUCCUGAAUAACACGGCGGGUGAUGCUCCUAACAGUCGCAGCAACAGGCUGGCAGCGGCACACAACUCGGACGGCUUUGACGUUAGCUCAUCGAGCAAUAUCGUUGUCCAAAGAAGUGUUGUUUACAACCAGGAUGACUGUGUGGCUAUAACAAGCGGUAAUAACAUAACAGUGUCGAAUCUAGAGUGCCAUGGUGGACACGGAUUAUCCAUUGGCUCAGUGGGAGGAAAGUCCAAUAAUAACGUGACGAAUAUUCUGUUCACUAAUUCCUCCGUCAUUGACUCCCAGAAUGGCUGCCGCAUCAAAACCAACUAUAACACAACUGGCUACAUCGCCAACGUCACGUACUCCAACAUCGCCAUCAGUGACACUUCCACCUUCGGCAUUGACGUCCAGCAAGAUUACCUCAACGGUGGUGCGACAGGAAACCCUUCUUCAGGAGUCCUAAUUCAGAAUGUGUUAUUCCAGAAUGUGACUGGAACAGCCACUGAUACAGCGAAGGACUACUACAUUCUUUGCGGCAAUGGGUCGUGCUCGAACUUCAUUUUCAACAAUGUUGCGAUUACUGGAGGCAGAGUAGCGAGUAGCUGCAACUACCCUGCGAGCGGAUGUCCUGCCUGAGAUUCGAGGGGACCGUGAAUGCAGUACAUGCUCAAGCUUGUCAACUCAUGCACACAUGGCGUCUUUCCUCCUUUCAUUCGUUCCAUUUCCCCCCACCCCCCUUUGUAUUCAUUGAGCUAUAUGUAAAGUGAAGCCGGAAUAUUAAUGACAAGCCCUUGGCAUUGACAACUUUUUAGAAAUUAAUUUCGGGUUUUCUAUUAGCUUGCUGUACCAGUGAAAGAGCAUUGUGCAACCCUUUCUAGUCAUCUAAACAGAUAGCACUUCCACAUCCGUGAG